UACAAUAUGUGAGAAGUUUUCUGGCGCCAUUUCUUCUUUUUGCAAGGCAGAAAUUCACGUCAAAAUUAAUUAUGACCUCGUUGCAAACAUUGAAGAAGGAACUUGUCAGCCAGUAUGGGUCAUACAAACAGGAGCGUUGUAUAAAUACAGACCACACCGAAAGCAGAGAAGAAAUUCUUCGACAGAUUGAGGAUGUAAUACUACGAGUUAUGAAAGAUACAGCUAAUGGUACCUCUCCCCUUUUGACUUACUCGAGUACAUCUGACUGGAGUGAUGUAAGCUUUGGUACGAACUCCGGUUUAGAGAUGAGGAGGAAUCAAAGGAUGACGACAGUGCGCUUUGAGUCGCUCCAGUCUGUGAAAAAGUUAGGUCUAAUGAUGAAGGUCCUCUCAGUAAUGUACAGACUGGUGAAGACCAAUCAUUACUGCACAAAAAGAGACAUUUACUACCAAGAUCCCAGUCUGUUUGGAAGUCAGCACACGCUAGAUGGUAUUGUUGACAAUAUAUCGUGUAUGCUCGAAAUCCCUAGGUGGGAAUUACAUGUGCUUGCCACAUCCAAGGGUUGUUUAGCUGGAGAUCUUCUGUUUCAAGACGUGGAUAAUAAUUAUAUAGACUGCAGACAAACACAGAUGGGAGUACAGGUACCCAAUCAUGUGAACGGCAUGCACAAUAUUGUUUCUAACGCUGAUUUUAUACUGGUGGUAGAGAAGGACGCUACUUUCCAAAAGUUGCUACAAGACAAAGUGUGUGAGAAACUUCAUCCAUGUAUUAUCAUCACGGGUAAAGGUUUUCCGGACAUUAAUACAAGAAUGUUGCUGAAGAAGUUGUGGGAUAAUUUUUCUAUUCCAAUACUUGUUCUUGUCGACGCAGAUCCCCAUGGGAUAGAAAUAAUGACGGUUUACAAGUUCGGUUCUAAGGCAUUGUCAUUCGAGACAGAACAUUUAGCUGUACCUUGCAUUAAAUGGCUCGGUAUACUUCCAUCAGAUAUAUUCAGGCUAGGUAUACCGGAGACAUCACUAAUUCCUUUAAGUAAAGCUGACAGAAUUAAAGGUUUAGAACUGCUGUCAAGACCAUACAUUCAGCAUUAUCCACUAUGGAGAAAUGAGAUUGAGAACAUGCUAGCAAGUGGAAGGAAAGCGGAGAUUCAGGCAUUGGACAGCAUCUCGAGUAGCUUCUUGACUGACGUCUAUCUACCAAGCAAGAUCAGGUGUUCUGGGUGGAUAUGAACCAUUUCUGUACAACCAGCAGUGAUUAUAUACCGUUUCAUCUUUUAAUUGUUCCGUUUUUAGUAUGGUGAGCUGUUCUCACUUCUUGCCAACAAAAAAGUAGCUUCAGAAUG